GCGAUGCGCUGGACUCGAUUGCUCUCACUGCCAGCACAGCCAAUUUGCAUCGUACAGCAGCAGCACAGCCGCAUUCGUCUCACGCGAUCCCUAUGCUGCAAGAAAACACGCUCCAGCAAGCCCUCGCGUCGCUGCUGAGCUCCCAGAAAGAGCACAUCGUUGCAUUGCAACACGCCAUCGCGCAAAACCACGUCGCCAACAACGUUCCGCUGCCGCCUGAUCUGCACGCUUGCAAUGGCCAAGCGCACAGCGACCCUCACGCCGAAGCCAAGUAAGGGUGCGAAGCGCGCCAAGUCCGUGCUGCGCACCGAGCCGCUCUCCAGCGAGGCGCUCUUCACGCUCGGCGGCGACGACGCGACGCACGCGCUCGUCGAGGCGGAGGUCGUGCGUCGGCCCUCGCAGCGGAACCGCAGUCCUUACGUCGCGGACAUAAGAGUCGCUGGCCGCGAGGCGAUCUGCCACGUACCUUCAUUAGAUCUGGGCGGGAAAUGCGUCGCGGGCUCGACGAUCCUCGUCAAACCGGCGCUCGACACGAAGGGCAACCUCGUCGGCCCCGACGCCGUCAACCCCAAGUACGGGACGCCGAAGUGCGAGUUCCACUGCCAGCUCGCCAAGCUCCCGGGAGGCGGUUGGGUGGGGGCGCAUCCGUCUCUCGGGGAAAAGGCGGCGGUGGCUUUGCUGCAGCGGUCGCCGGUGCUGGGAGAUGUUUGGACCGGAGACCGAGCUAAAGCGGAGAUCCGCCGCGAGGUCACGGGCCCGCGCGGCCAGGACAUGCGGGCGGAUUUUGUCGUGUCCGGUUCUGGCAAGGACUGCGUCCUCGAGGUGAAGACGGUCGUUGAUGCCUCGGUCGAUAGCGGUGUCGCCGCCGAGGAGGAGGAGAACGGACCGACCGCUGCUCUGUUCCCCUGGGGCUCGAAGAAUCAAAAAGGCCCGGAGGGUGAAAAGGUCGUCUCCGCCCGCGCCAUCAAGCACGUCGACGCGCUCGCGGCGAUCGCGGAGGAGGGCGUCGCGUCCGCCGCAGUGCUCUUCAUCGUGGCGCGCGGCGACUGCAGCUCUUUCCGGCCCCACGCGGCGCGCUGCCCGUCCUUCGCCGCGCACCUGAAGGCUGCCAAGAAAGCCGGCGUGACCCUCGUCGCGCGGAGGAUCCGCUGGGACGUGCGAGACGGCGUCGCCCACGCCUUCGACGACGGCGCAAUCCCCGUCGAUGUCUAA